UGCUUUUUCUGUCUCAGUAUUCAGUUGGGCUCCGGAGGUGCCCCAGUGCAUUUGAGAUAGAAGAUUGAGAAAAGAAGGGUUCCAUUUAUACAGUACUUGGGACGUCAACAGCCGUGAUACAGCUCUUCCAAGACCACCUACUUUCUUGUGUGUGCUAUACCAUGCUUUAUAAACAAGAGCGAAGGCCAUCUCCAACAGAUCAGCCUGAAGUUGGUAGACAAAUGGACCCAUAUCUGAUUGUCAAUGGAGAAGGUUUCGUGCCUGAAGAAUACGUGAACUUCAUUCCAGAAAACAUGAUCCCCAUGGCUUUGGAAGCAGAAGUGGAAGAACUGAUAGUGGAGGAAGAGGAGGAGGUCAUUUGGCUUUUUAUACAGCACGUACAUGUUGAUGAUGAUGAGGAGGAGAAUCAGACAGAGGUCAUGGAAGAAGAUAAUGGCUGGGUUCACAAUGCGGAAGAGGAUGGUGGAGAUGAUGAUGAAGCUAAUUAUGAGCAUACUGAAAUCGUCACAGGCACUGUAAAUGACCAUAUGUAUGAACGCUCCCAUGAUGAGACCGAAGAAGCUGGAGUUACAGAAAAAGUUGAGUCUGAAAAUGAAAACCAGAAGGAGGAAAAUGACAAUAAUCCAAACUCAGUUGAAAACAAAGCCUAGAAUCCAGCUUGAAGGCAUAGAGAUGAAAUACAGAAAGGAAGAAACCCAUGAAGAUUUUAUCAACACAGAUUGUGGUUCAAAAUUCAUCACCCUUUUAUUUUAACCUUACCAUUAUCUGAUUGUCUUACUGUAUUGUCUUACUCUAUUGUCUUUCUAUACCAAACAAUGUUCAGUUCAAAAUA